AUGGCCCUGGACUCCUCCCACACGAACACGUCCAAAACGGUCUGCGGUCAAAAUAGCUUUGUGACGAUCGGCGGCCCAGGUGCGGACCAUGUGCGCGCAGGGGAGUUCCAUGCGUUUACGACAGUGGCGACAACGAGGCGGGACGGCCUCGUGUCGGAGUUGGUGUCAGACUACUUCAAGUGGGAGAACGCCUAUCUCUUCCCCACGAUCGACCGCGAAGCAUUUUUGGUCCAGAUGACUGGACGAGAUACAAAAUAUUCGUCAUGGUGCACGCCUCUUCUUGUUAACUCCAUCUGCGCCCACCGAUCGAGCCUCGCCGGACGAUUUCUCGACGAAGCAGAAAGCCGGCUUAGGGAUGAGCAAGGAAAAAUUUCGAUACCCACUGCUCAGGCUCUCAUGCUGAGAUACUUCACCAUGGCCUGCAUGGGACGAGAUAGGAUCGGAAGGGCUUGUCGGCAACAGGCAAUUGAUAUCGUCCGCCGGCUGAACCUAGAGGCCCAGUACGACUCAAUCGCUGGCGCUUCGCGAGCCGAAUUGGCAGAGAAGAGUCGACUCUCCAAAGCUCUAUGGGGACUCUUUAUUGUAGAGACUCGAUUUGCCUACUUCUACUUGCAGCCUUCGCAGAUAACCCCGCCAGAGAUCCCUCACGUCUUUGAUCGGGACGAAUUCAACGAACCCGACAGGCAUGGCAACAUCGACGUUCUCGGCCGACCGUUUGAAGAUUCCCCAUGCGAGGUUCCCCUUGUAGCCGGUAUAAUUAGCCACGUAUGCACUCUGUCCGAACUGUUCUACGAAGUCAUGAGGUAUAAUAGCGCGGAUGAGAACGACCGCGGGGAUGAGCGAGACAUUAACGUCCGGAAGGCGUUCUACGCAAGGCUGAGACAAUUCGAAGAGAAUCUACCACAGCAGACCUCGGCAAAUCAUAACCCCAGCCCAUCGACAAUUUACCUGAGAAUGCACCAAAACGAGGUUGCCUUUGCCAUCAUUCAAAAUCAACGGCAUGAGGCGCCUUUCGAAAUUUCUGCUGACGAACCGGGCAUUAUAAUCAAAGAUUUGUGUGCACGCCACUGUCGCUCCGACGUCGAGAUGGCCAAAAUGUUCCUCUCAUAUUGGGCCUUCGAACCUUGUCUUUGGCGCCAUCUUUACCUGUCGUUACAGCCCCUAUCUCUUAUGUUGGACCGCUCUGAAUGCCGUCAGCUCUUCACCGCGGCGUCUGCCAUGAUGCGUGCCGGGUAUAGCAGCUUCCGUAUCUGCGGGAAUCUGCUCCAGGCCACACAGGCGUUUGCAUGGACCGUGAAUGAGGAAAUACCGCGAGAGGCACAGCCACACUAUGAGGGUUGCAAAGAGAACAUGGAAACGCAGGACCUACCCUUGAGCUUUGCGCUGCCGCGUCAGGACGACGCCAAGGAAUUGCUCAAAGAUAAGUCGAAGUGUCAGAAGGGUGGCAGCUUCUCAGAGGAUGAUCUGGGUUCGUUGAUACAAAUGUGGACGUUGCAGUGA